CUCGUCUCGACCCUAAACAGUUGGAUUAUUGGUUCCUCUCGCUCAUUCCCUUCUUCCUUACUCCGUAGAUCUAUUGUGGAUCUUCAGAGCAUCAUGGCCCCCAAGAACAAUAAAGGCGGCGACAAGAAAGGCAAGGGCAAGGAUGCCGCCGAGGGAGGGGAUAGCAAGAAAGGCUUGAAGCCUGCGACUUCGAUUAACGUGCGACAUAUCUUGUGUGAAAAAUUCUCCAAAAAGGAAGAAGCCCUGGAGAAGCUGCGCGGCGGCGCGAAAUUCGACGACGUGGCGCGCGAGUAUUCUGAGGAUAAAGCCCGACAAGGCGGCUCCCUCGGCUGGAAGGUGCGCGGUAGUCUCGACGCGAGCUUCGAAAAGGCGGCGUAUGAACUGGAGCCCAGCACGACGGGGAAUCCCAAGUAUGCGGACGUGAAGACGGGAUUCGGGUAUCAUAUUAUCAUGGUCGAGGGGAGGAAAUAGAUUCGUCUUCUCUUUGACUUGGUUUGGCUUGGUGCUUGCUUCCUGUAUGGACAAAUCAUGGAUGUUUCUUGAAACAAAACAAAGAAGUUCAGGAGAAAAAAAAAACGAUAAAUAAUACAAAUGAACCAAAUCAAAUAAUCUAUCUUACUAUG